AUGCCGCGCCCAACAAACAAUAAAAAAAAAUCAAAGCAAGCUUAUGAGGCAAAGGCACAUAAGCAUAAUAUUACUGUUAAUAAUUCUGAAGCAGAAAAUUCCGAUAACUUUUCUUAUGAUGAGGCGGUUGAGAAUAACAAUGCCACAAGUAUUGUAAAAAGACUUCAAGCUGCAGCAAACAAUUAUUAUAGCGAUAAUAAUGUGCUAAAAAAUUAUGAUAAUGAAAGUCUUUUUGCUCAUGAUGAGUUAAUUGAGAUUGAGAAUGAUAAUGCUGAAGGUUUUGCAAAAACACUUUUAAAUGCAGCAAAUACCUUCUAUCGUGAAAGUGAUUCUAAUAAAUCCUGUAAGCCGCGCUACUUAGGAAACUCUAUCUGUACUAAAAGAAGAAAAAGACAGCAACAGCGUGAAGCAGCAAAAGGAAUGCCUACAUUGUUUACCUUUUGGAAUCAAGACAAGACUGCUGAAGAAGAUAUUGAGGUAGAAUUGUCUGAUGAUGGAUGGCUGGAUGAAGUCGAUGAAGAUGAUACUGGAGGGCUAUCAGAAGAUGAGAUUGAAACCUCUAAUUGGUAUAAAAAAAUCUAA